AUGUCUAGUCUUUAUAGCAUAAACUAUCACUUGCGGUAUCUGGAGAUCUUUGAAUGCAUUGAGGAUUUGGUUAAAAUCCACAUCAUGCACAGUAACAAUGGAAUGCCUGAACUCUCCCGUUUAUCUCAUCUGGUUCCCAAUAUUGGUCGCUUUUUUACUCCGCUGCCACUACGUGAAACCUUUCUGGAACAAAGUCCUCUUCGAUCUAUUGCUGCUCGUCAUUCAGUACCUCCAAGCUUCAAUGACAUUCGUCAUAUUUUGAACUUUGCUCAAGUCAAGGCCAUUUCCUCGACUUUGAAACUGAUUACAUUCGAUGGGGAUAUGACAUUGUAUGCUGAUGGUGCUGAUUUUGCUCGUGAUUCUCAGCUUGUUCAGCUGUUGGUAAAGUUACUUGCUGCAAGAAUCACGGUUGCCAUUGUAACAGCAGCUGGAUAUGGCAAUGAUGCGGUUCGCUACGAAAGUCGACUGUCUGGAUUGCUCGAGGGAUUUAAAAACUCGGGACUUGAUCAUGCUGCUCUGUCGCAGUUUUAUGUGCUGGGUGGUGAAUGUAACUACUUGUUUAGGUACAGCCCAGAAGCACACCAGUUGGUUUACAUUUCAGAAGAAACUUAUCAACCUGAACGUGUACGCAAGUGGUCUACUGCUACUGGACGAAUUAAAACCAUUCUGGAUGCGGCCGAAGUGCAUCUUCGACAGUGUGCCAAGGAUAUGCAUCUGAAUGAUCGAAUCAACAUUAUGCGCAAAGAUCGUGCUGUAGGCGUGUAUCCUAAUCCUGGUGUAAAACUCACUCGAGAACAACUAGAUGAGCUUGCUCUCUCUACCCAGCACCAUCUGAACCAGCUACAACAUAUCAUUCUUCACAACAGUUUGAAGAAAAAUGGUGUGUUGAAUUCGAAUACGGCCGAUACGGCUAGCAAUUCAAGCUCUGGCAACCUCGCAUUGCUUUCCAAAAUAGUUUCUCAUGAAAGCACUGAAAUUGACUAUCCAAUUCCAUUCUGUGCUUUUAACGGAGGAUCGGAUGUAUGGGUGGAUAUUGGUAAUAAACUUAUUGGUGUUGGCAUGCUUCAGGACAUGCUUCAUUGUGAAGGAUGUGAAACCCUUCAUGUUGGUGACCAGUUUUCUACUACUGGUAAUGAUGUAGCCACGAGACGUGCUUGUUGUACUGCUUGGAUUGCCAAUCCCGAAGAAACUGCUCAAGUUCUUCUUCAUCUGACUGAUUUGCUGGAUCAGCGCACUCUCAUCAAGUAAUUGUUGAAUUGUGGUGGUAUUUAACCCAAUGUGAUCUUUUAUUAUUUUUAUACUUUCAAUAAAGUAUAUUUUUAAAAAUCAAUAUUCUGCACGUUGUUCAAUCAGAAUAGGGCGAAGCAAGGAGCUCUCUACGAGUUCAAACACCCGAUCAAACGUAGGAUGGUUAUUUAAAUGAUCUCUCUCUCCCAGUCCAUCUGCACGAACAGUAUACAUGAUGCCAGUUGAUACCAAACUAUCUCGCGAACCAAACACUUUUUUCAGCUCAUUCUUGACACCAAGAUGACUCUUGAUUCGUGCAGAUACUGACUCAGGCAUAUCUUCUGGAAACUGUAUCCAUUCUGCAGUGUGAGUAGACUGUAAAUGUUCUGGAAUAGCUUGUAUAUUGACAGCACAUCCAGUUAUAGGAUCGUAUCUGCGAUGAACCAAUCGAUUGGUGCAAGUUUCUGCAUCAGUGUCGAGCCAAACCAAUCUAUUACAAAAUGAUGUUGAGCAAAGCCUAAUCAACACACGUACACUACUUUGAGUUUACAUCUGUAUUAGGUAUGUACCUGUUUGGAACCAUUCCUUUGCUACGUAACGCUUCAGCAUCGAAUUUUGUAAGUGGGAAUCCAUCCAAGAUCCAUCCAUGGUUCAAACAAUCUUUUCUUUUUAGUCGUUCAACAAUCAAUUCGACCAAAUACCCUUGUGGAGCUAAAAUAAAUACAAGAUGCAUAGAAUAC